UUAAUAACACAUUAACGGUCAGUGACGAGUUUCCGGGCGAACCGGGAGCGUAAAUCGAACACUCCCCGGCUGUGACACGUUAUGGGUCCCGUUCCGAUUAGCUUCACGUAACUUUUUCGCUCCACGUACGCUGGUUGUUGUUGCUUUGUUUGCGUCUUAAAUCGAUAUUUUACCGGUUACACAAACAGACACUUCAGUUCUUGUCUGGGUUUUCUACAUUUGGCGCGAAACCGGCGACGAGGGACACAUUUAAGCUUUUCGGAAAACGAAUUGGAACCAGCCGGAAGUCGAUCGCUUAAAACAAGAAACAGGUGGCGGGAAUACAACUUGUUGUCUGUUGCCUCGUGCGUAUUUGUUUUUGUCAUAAGAAGAUAUCAGCGACAACUGGAGCAGGCCAGGCAUGAGUGGCGCACACCUGGACGAAUGGCAGAGGAGGUCCUUUGACAUUUCAUCUGGCAACUGUACACCUGAACAGACGGCCGAUGCCUACCGGGCCCACAUCCUCUCUAUUCAGUAUGCAUGGGCAAGCUCCCAGCUCUCUCAGGCCGGCAUGGCCAGCCUGCUCAGGACCUACUCGGAGCGCUAUGCCGCAGUGCUGGACUCGGAUGACCCCCGCGCAGGGCUUAACAACUAUGCAGAGAGUGCUUUGCAUCUGGCCCGCAGUCAGAGGAACUACAGCGACAAAUGGGAGUCGUCCCUGACGAUGGAGACUGUGCUGGAGCUGCCCUGCGUGCAGAAGAUGAUUCGGGCAGGGGCAGGGGGAGGAGGCUCCCUGGUGGCAGCAGGAGAUGUUAACAUAUGUGUGGGGCAAGAGAGCAGAGGCGGCUCCCUGUCUGCUCCCUCUACCGGAGUCAGGUCAGAGGCUGCAUUGUUCAAACCUAUAGGACCACCACAGCCUAAAACAGAGGUUAACAACACUGCCAGGAAUCCUGCUUCUAAUAUUACGUCAGAGAGGCCAAGAGGCUAUGAGGUGAUCUCAGGUAGUCUGAGCUCAUUCUCCCGACCUCCAGCCCGUCCACAUCCUUCUUCGGUUCCUCCACAGGGAAACCCAGGCCCUGCAGCCAGCACACAGAACUAUCAGUCCUCCUUCUCCACCUCCAAUCCAUCUAAGCGGAAGAAUUUUUACAACCCAGAUGGAGGUGAUGGUGGCAGGGGGCAACACGGAGCUCAAGCAGGCGCUGACCCGCAAGCUGGAAGCAGCUUUAAAACAGCUCGCUAUCAGUUCAUUGUGGAUCAACAGAAAAAGCACUCCCAUCAGCCCCAGAGAGGUCCGGCCGCUGGGAUGGCAGCGACUGUGAAGAAAUCUCUGGGUGCUAACAGACCUCGAGGUACAUUUUCCAAAUUCGUGUCACCUAUUCCACGUCAGGAGGAGGAAGAAGGUGGGACGAGCCGUAAUCCCAGUGAGGAACCUCAGAUCCUGGAUGAGCGUCUGAAAAACAUUGAGCCGAAGAUAAUCGAGCUGAUCAUGAGUGAGAUUAUGGAUCACGGGCCUCCUGUGACCUGGGAUGACAUAGCAGGCCUGGAGUUUGCCAAGACCACUAUAAAGGAGAUCGUGGUUUGGCCCAUGCUCCGACCUGACAUCUUUACUGGCCUCCGUGGUCCACCCAAAGGCAUCCUCUUGUUUGGACCCCCAGGAACCGGAAAAACUCUAAUAGGAAAAUGCAUAGCUUGCCAGUCAGGUGCCACCUUCUUCAGCAUCAGCGCCUCGUCGCUCACAUCCAAGUGGGUGGGCGAAGGAGAGAAAAUGGUGCGAGCUCUGUUUGCCAUCGCCCGCUGCCACCAGCCUGCUGUCAUUUUCAUUGACGAGAUUGACUCUCUGUUGUCCCAGCGGACGGACGGGGAGCACGACUCAUCGCGUAGGAUAAAGACGGAGUUCUUGGUUCAGCUGGAUGGGGCAGCCACAGCAGCUGAGGACCGCAUCCUGGUGGUUGGUGCCACAAACCGGCCCCAAGAGAUCGACGAGGCUGCCCGCCGACGACUGGCAAAGAGGUUGUACAUACCUCUCCCUGAAGCAACCGCCCGGCGGCAGAUAGUGACUAACCUCAUGGCUCAAGAGAAGAACCAGCUGAGAGAGCAAGAGCUGGACAGCGUGGUCACUGCCACCGAGGGCUUCUCAGGGGCCGAUAUGACUCAGCUGUGUAGAGAGGCGGCUCUGGGGCCCAUCCGCAGCAUCCAGCUCAGUGACAUCGCCACUAUCACUGCAGAUCAGGUGCGACCAAUCCUCUACUGUGACUUCCAGGAGGCCCUGAAGACGGUCCGACCCAGUGUGUCAUCAAAAGACUUGGAGCUGUAUGAAGAGUGGAAUAAGACUUUUGGAUGUGGACGUUAAAGUCAUCACUCCGAUUAUCCUCUACCUCGAUAAAGUUAUGGAUGUGAUGUUGAACUGAGUUGAGAUAAACAUUUCAGAAAUAUAGCUGUUAAAUGAGCAUUAACACAAAUUCAAACAAUCUUGAUGAAUUCUCUACGACCUUUGUCCAAAUUUUGUCCAAACGUUUCUGCAAACAUGAUUUAAUUGUCUCAUUUUCUGCUUAAAACCGUGUCACCAAAUGCAAAUGUCUCACAUUAACCCUGUCCAAACAGUGUUUUAUUCUCACUGUAACAAGUUGCCGUUUUUUAAUGAAUUAUACAACAUUUACAACAAUAUUUUUUGGGCAAAUUUCACUUUCUCACACUAAUUAAUUGCAAAAAAUCUGUGUGAAAUCAGUCAUUUUAGGCUGCAACAAUCCCCUUAAAGUCUGCAAAAUCCUGGAGAGGCUGAAUAUUGUGUUGCACACACACCACAUAGAGUGGGUGGACAGAAUGGCAGCAGUACUUUACACUAUUGCCUAAAAACAUGAGCUUGCAGUUUCAGAUCAACAACUCUGUGAAAGCCUCACCAAAAAGCUUCACAAAGAUUUGUUUUCUAAAAGCAGAGAUGUGUGUUAGAUCGCGUUAUACUGAGCAGGUUUCGGUUAUUUUGUCCACCUCUUGUGUGUCCAACCUCUCGGGUUUUGUGGCCUAUUAACGUUCGUCCUUACUUACAGGCAGACCUGGAAUAAAAACAAAUCAUCAUCAGCUGAAACAAGUGGGUUUUGAAAAUGUCUGAAAUGCAGCCAUACACGUAAUUCUUAAAUGACUUCUGUGUGGAGCAGUCGCUGUGCUGCAUUAAUAUUUUCAGGAGAUUGUAAUGCAUAGACUGUUCUGUUUGGAUCUUAAUUUUACUGUUUUGUGGUUCGAUGUAAGCAUUAGGGACCCUGCUGUUGUGUUCAAGUUGAAGCAAUUAUCUCUUGUCUGAAUUCCUUUACAGCAAUUAGCAUCCUUUUUUGUCAUAUUCUGACUAUUUAGCAUUUAUUCCCAAAGAUAUUCUCCCCUGAAUGAUUUUUGUUGAUUAAUUGCGUUGCUUAAAUGUUAUUUUUUCACAAUCAAAUUAAAGUUUUCCCUGAUUUA